GUUCUUGUUCCUAUGACUUCUCUAAAACUUAUUAGUUUUAUUGCUAAAACACUCCAUCAAACUUCUCUCUCCUCUUUGACACUCACACACCAAUCAAGAGAAUAAUAAUAAAUAACAAAUUAAAAAAAAAAAAAAACAAAAUCCGUGUCUCCAUGAAUCCCAAACAAACAUCAUAAACAACCUGUUCCAGUUAUCAUUCCAUUAGCUAUGAGCUAGAAAGAGAAAUAUUCAUUACUCUAUUUUGGAGCAACAAAAAUGAGUGUAUCGUUGACUGUUAUGACCUUCAAUCUUCAUGAUGAUGAACCACAAGAUAGUCCUAAUUCAUGGGACAAAAGAAGAGACAUAUGCAUAAGUGUUAUUACCAGUUACUCCCCCAUCAUCCUCUGUACACAGCAAGGAGUGAAAACUCAAUUGGAUUUUCUCCAGCAGGGUUUGCCAGGUUAUGAUCAGUUUGGCGUCUCACGAAAAGGGCCACAAGAUACUUCUGAUGAGCAUUGCACUAUCUUCUAUGACAAGGAAAAGGUAGAGCUUCUAGAAGGUGGGACCUUUUGGUUGUCUGAAUCUCCCUCUGUGCCCGGAAGCAUUUCAUGGGGUUCCGAAGUUCCUUGCAUCGCAACAUGGGCUACAUUUCAACUGAAAGGAGUUGAGCCGCCAGGAUUCUCAUUUCAGAUAGUAAAUACAAACAUGGAUGCGUUCAGUCCCCGCGCCCGUAGACGAAGCGCUUUACUCACAUGGCAGCAUAUUGCAUCCUUACCACCUAGUCUACCAGUUGUGUACUGCGGUGGAUUCAAUACGCAAAAGGAAUCAACUACCGGACGUUUCCUUCUUGGAAGAUCGAGAGAACAUGGUGUAGUUGGUGAUAUGAGGGAUGCAUGGCCUAGUGCACGCGUUAGGAAAAAUGUUUCCUUAAUUCGCACUUAUCACGGAUUCAAGGGUGACAAACAAGGAACCGUUGAAUACCUCAAGUUAAUUUUCCGAGCUCUCUGCCUCUGCUGGGAUCGCCAAACACAAGAUCUUCACGUUGAUUGGAUCCUUUUCAGAGGUAGAUCUCUUAUCCCCGUUUCAUGUGAAGUCGUGAAUGAUAAUAUUGAUGAAUGUUAUCCAUCAUCUCAUUUUCCUAUAUUUGCCGAGUUUAUGCUCCCUCGCACGGUAAGAAUGUUAGAAUCACCGGUACAAGAAGAUAACUAAAUUUCCAUGUUUUUCCAUGUUUGAGUUCGUCGACUCCUAUUCUUUUCUCUACGUUUAUCGGUAUCAAUCACGAAUGAAUUUCUUCUCUAGUUAUAUAUGAGUUUGCAGCAUGUUAAUGGUUCAAGUAUUGAAGUAUAUACUUCUGAAAAAUGUAAUACAUCACUAUGAACAAAGUUUGUAAGAUGAAUAUUGGUUCCAUGGUUGAGGAUCAUGUAUUGAAUUAGAGACUUCGAUUUGCUUA